GGACUUGGCGUGAAACGAGAUUUCAAGUUGGCAAUAAAAUAUUUUCAACUGGCAUCGCAAUCUGGCCAUGUCAAUGCAUAUUACAACUUGGCACAGAUCCAUGCAACAGGCACUGGUGUACCCCGAAACUGUCAUACAGCCGUUGAACUGUAUAAGAAUGUAGCGGAACGUGGACGCUGGUCCGAACGCCUUAUGGAAGCUUAUGUUAGUUAUCGAGGUGGACGAGUCGAUGAAGCUCUCUUCAAGUAUCUUUUCCUGGCCGAAUUAGGAUACGAGCCAGCCCAAACCAACUUUGCUUAUAUCAUUGAUCGUGGAGGUUUGAAAAUCGCGUUUUGA